CAAAUCGUUUGUACUCAUAUCGUGAUGAGAAUACAAAAAUGACAAACUUUUAUUUAGCGAAACUUCCUGGUUCGAUACAAUAAUCUGACGGAUAUGUGAUGUGCGUUAAAUGCUACUUGGUCUUACAUACUGUGGUCAUCCCGGGCAAUGGACGUGCUUGUGAUUCUUACUGCCUGCCUAUGUGGUGCGGUCAGUUUAACCGUGGACGACCUAUACCCGUACCCUCAUGACAACGUAACAACAGCAGAUGACGAGCUUCUAUACCGUAAUGACGAUGGCAGCUCCCCAGCAAUCCAGAUUUCGUUUUCAUAUUUCAAUAACGUCCAAACCUCGGCAUACGUGAACACGAAUGGUGAUAUAACGUUUGGGAGUUCAUUGAGUCGCUUUAUUCCAUAUGCGUUUCCGUACGGUACUGGCGACGGUAAUUAUGUGAUGAUUGCCGCAUUCUGGACUGAUCUCAUUACGACUAGUGUUGGACAGAUCUGGUACAAGCUCAGUACCAGCUCUGACCUCUUGACCCGUGCAGCAUCAGAUGUACAAUCAGCAUUUUCGGAUCAAAACGAUUUCAAUCCAUCAAUGGUAUUCAUAGUAACCUGGCACGAGGUACCUUAUUAUGGAGCCUCUGGAGAUGCGUUACUAUUGAGAAACACUUUCCAGAUCGUACUUACAGCUGACGGUACAAAAUCAUUUGUGAUGCUCCACUACUUAAGACUUGAUUGGGCAAGGAAUGCAAUGGUUGGAUUUAACGCUGGAGAUGGGUUGAAUGGCUACACUGUAAACGGGUCACUCAGUGAUGACGUAGUCAAUCUGGUCAACAGGUCUAAUGUAGGGGUACCUGGCAAGUUCCUCUUCCGCGUCGACGGAGGCACAGUACAACCAGCUGACCAAACUAUCAGUAGUAAUAAUAGUAAGUAUAAUUACAAGGCCGUUAUUGAAAAUUUACAAAAAUGUGAUUAUGUAGUAUGUUUGUUUUGAAAAUAAAUGACAGUAAGUCAAACAUCUUAUU